GCGGCGGCUGACAGGCGGGCGCGCUCCUCCCCCGACGGCGGCGGCCGGUGCCCGGGAGCGACCAGCCGGUGGGCCCCCAGCUCGCGACCGCACAAGGUGCCAGGGUGCCAGGGCCGUGCCGGGGGAUGGACCGGGCGAAGAUGGACGAGAAUGAAUGGAGGUACCACGGCGAGGGCAACAAGAGCCUGGUGGUGGCCCACGCGCAGCGUUGCGUGGUGCUGCGUUUUCUGAAGUUUUCUCCAAACAGAAAAAAGACAUCAGAGGAAACGUUUCGGCACCUGCAGAACAUAGUGGACUUCAGCAAAAAUGUUAUGAAAGAGUUUUUGGGGGAGAAUUCUGUCCAUUGUGGGGAAGUUGUUCAACUACCUUUAGAUUUUGUGAAGCAGCUUUGUCUAAAGGUGCAGUCUGAACGGCCAGAAUCACGCUGUGAUAAGGACUUGGACACCCUUAGUGGCUAUGCCCUGUGCCUGCCCAAUUUAGCUCGACUCCAGACCUAUCAUUUUGCAGAGCACCGGCCCAUUCUGUGUGUGGAGAUCAAGCCCAAAUGUGGGUUUAUUCCUUUCUCCAGCGAUGUCACACAUGAGCUGAAGCACAGAGUGUGCCGAUAUUGCAUGCACCAGCACCUCAAGGUGGCAAAUGGGAAGUGGAAGCAGAUCAGUAAAUACUGCCCCCUUGACCUCUACUCAGGAAAUAAACAGAGAAUGCACUUUGCCUUGAAAAGCUUGUUACAAGAGGCACAGAACAACUUAAAGAUAUUUAAGAACGGUGAGUUGAUUUAUGGCUGCAGAGAUUCCCGCAGCCCCGUGACCGACUGGAGUGAGCUGGCCCACCACCUAAAGCCCUUCUUUUUCCCAUCCAAUGGACUGGCAGGUGGGCCACACUGCACAAGGGCUGUAAUCCGGGAGCUUGUGCGUGUCAUUACUCGAGUGCUGCUGAGUGGCUCGGACAAGGGCCGGCGUGGCCCUGUUUGGCCGGGGCCUGGGCUCCAGGGCCCGAGUGUGUGUGAAGCCAGUCCUUUUGGCAGGAGCCUGCGCCACCAAGGAAAACGCCCCCUGGAGCAGUCAGGGCUACCUAAGGGCUGUCUUCUAUACAAAACCCUGCAAGUGCAGAUGCUGGACUUGCUGGACAUCGAAGGCCUCUACCCUCUCUACAGGCGAGUGGAGCGGUACCUGGAGGAGUUUCCCGAGGAGAGAGAAGCGUUGCAAAUAGAUGGGCCUUAUAAUGAAGCAUUUUACCAGAAGCUGCUCGAUCUUUCCACUGAGGAUGAUGGGACGUUGGCCUUCGCUUUGACAAAGGUUCAGCAGUACCGGGUCGCUAUGACUGCGAAGGAUUGCUCCAUCAUGAUCGUGCUCUCUCCCUGCCUGCAGGAUGCCAGCCCCGAUCAGAGGCCCAUUGUCCCUUCGUCCAGAUCACGGUUUGCCUUCUCCGUGUCUGUCUUGGACCUCGACCUCAAGCCCUAUGAGAGCAUCCCUCAUCAGUACAUCCUGGAUGGCAAGAUAGUCAACUACUACUCAAAGACUGUACAUGCCAAAGACAGUGCCGUGAUGUCAACGCGGUUCAAGGACAGCGAGGAUUGCACGUUGGUUCUCCAUAAGGUCUAAUGGUCCCUGUAGUGUCUUGGAAACUUGAACAUAGAAUGUGAAGGUUGAGUGAUAGAGCUGUUUGCUGUUGUGAUGGGUGACUUUUGGCUCUGAAUGUUUUUAACUCUUCAGAGGAAUGCCUUGGGGACACAGAAGAAUGAGCACUAGAGACACCAUGCAGGACAAGGGCUGUGGGUCAUGACCUCAGGAAUGUGAAGCUGUGUCCCCGGCAGCCUCUCUUUUUCCUAAAAUCAGGUUUUCUGUCAAACCCUAUAAAAUAUUCUGGGAAGUUCUUCCCAGCCAGGGCUCAUGUCUAAUUCUCUAAUGAAAAAAAAAAAAAAAAGGCCUUAUGAUAAGACCCAAGGUUUGGAUCUCCCACCACCAGGCUCCUAAUAAUAGAAAACUUGAAUCGUCACAUACACCUUAAAGCUUGAGUGUGUGAGCAAGAAUGGCUACUACUGGACUACUGGAACUUUCCCAGAUGAAUUGAAUCACUUGGUCACUCUCCCAAUGUAGGCCUUGGGCCAUGCAAGGCAGGUGUUUCUUGGUUGGUACAGGCUAGGAGUUGAGUCACUGGAGCACAUUUGGUUCUGGGCAGCGUGGGUGGAUCUUUCCUGAGCAGGCCCCUACCUGCUGCUUUGCCUGGGUUGGAAGGGAAGUGGCUCUCAGGUCAGGGAGUGACACCACUCAUGGGAGCCAUGAUUCCCCACCCCAAUGAUUUCUGUCUUUAACAUGUGGGGAGAUGACGAUUCUUUACCCCCUGGAAUUGCUGCUGUGGAUCUAGAAGCAGAGCUGUGGCCAUGGUGGGUGUCACGGGGGUGGCCAUUUCUGGCAGCUCUGUUUCCUGGCUUGUGUCUGAGUAUGUGUAUGUAAGGGAGUUGUGUGUGUGUGUGUGUGUGUGUGUGUGUGUGUGUGUGUGUGUGUCGAUGGUGGUGAGGGAACCUGUCUGAGUUGACUAAUUUCCUUCUCUCUGGCCUUUUUCCUCCCUUUGUCUAACAGACACAUUCAGUAUCUGUGGCCUAGUGUGAUGCUGGGCCACACUGCCAGCAGGGCUGCCAAGACCAUGCUCCACAGACGAGCAACUCCUGGCUGGCACCAAGAGGGUCUUGUUGGGGUCACCAUGUGUGCCCAGCUGCUAUGAGAACUGUUGGGAUUCUUGGCUUUAGCUUUUUUUAUUCUAGGGUAGCUUGUACAGAUUGAUUAUUUAUAUCAUUGUUUUGAGGGGUUAAUGAAGGCUUACUGUAAUGAAAUAUUAUAUAAGUAAAACUGUGGAAUUAUAUGGAAAAAAAAGCCACAAAAAGACUAUUUUGCUGAUUGUAAAUUUUUGUGGGAAAUUUUUUGUGAUACCUUGAAUUACACUAGUUUGAAUCAAA